AUGAAUAGCAACACAGUGUAUAGCAAACAUUCAAGAGAUACUAUUAAAGAUGGGUCAAGUAAAAAGGCUAGUGAAUGGUUAACAUCAUUAAAAUUUCCCAUAGAAAUCAUUUCAACUCUCAAAGUUUGUGUAAUAGAUGGAGGAACAUUAGUUUUUAUUUCUGACAGUUUACCAAAUGAUGUUUAA